AUGUAUUUCCGUCAGGCUGAACCCCAGAUUAGAUUCCCUUACGUGAGCUUUGACACAGACGACACUAAGACUAACGAGGGCGACGGUGAGAAGAAGGGCGACAAUGAGCAGGGCGAUAAUGAGAAGAGUGACGAUGAGAAGGUCGAAACAGAAACACAUCGGCAUCGACUCCUGGACAACGUGGUCCAUCGCUUGCACGUCCAACUCGAGGAGAACUUGCCGGAUCGGGGAAGCGACCCCCUCGUCACCUACUCAAUAAAAGGCCGCCUUGACUGCAGGGUACUCAUCAGUGUCCAAACCUACGCGCCUCCCGAGCGCCCUGUCAGUCCCUGGUUGACGGUGGAGAUCAAACACAACGAGUUCAACUGCACGUGCAUCCCCAGCUGCUUCGCUGAGAUGAGCUGGAGGCUAAAGUAUGACAGCCCCCUGAACCAGCAGCUCCGAAAGUUGGAGGACUUGCCCUUCAAAUUCUGGGUCGACGAGGAUGUAAAAGACUGGGAUUCAAAGGAGACCGAGUACAAACGGGAGAUACGCGAGUUCGUGUGGCGUCGCGUCCUGGCCUGGAUCCUGACAACCAAGAAGGCUUUUAGACUUGCUGUACCCGAGUCGCUCUCGCGGAUCGACAUGACGGUUUGGAAGGAUCCACGCUCCGGCGAAAACGUAAUCCAGCUGGCCGAUUUCUUGGGGUACAGUGGCAAUGACGAUGACGAUGAUUCGACAAAGGGCUAUGCUCAAGUAGAGCUUACCACUGCAGUAUCGAACGUGGUCGAUGAAGAUUAG